UUUUAUUUCUUUUUUAUCAAAUGAGCUAAAGCCGCAAACACCUCCCAGCAUUCAAAGAAGACGAGGCUAAUGUGAAAGGAUUCAUGGACCAAAAAGGCUUAAUAAAAGAAAAAGCAUGUUCAGGAUACCAAUUUCUUCGAUUCAGUAUUAUUCGAAAACCGAAGUAUCUGGAGUUACUUUCAUGACUCGAUUUGAAAAAAUACUGAUCGUAGAAUUCAGUGGAACAAAGUAGCAUGGAGAAAAAUGAAUUGUUUAAAUACUAGUGGAAAAGAAUAAGUGAUUCUAAUGUGCUGAAGAAAAGCAUAAUCACAGAAAAAAAUGCAUUAGUUUUUGAUUGUAUACUUUUACUGCAAAACUUAAUGACGAAGUUGGACAACAAGCUGCACGGCAAUUGAAUCAUGUAAUAGUCGUCGAUGUAAUUCACAAAACACAAUUUUGUUUCAAUUAAUGGAUGCAAAGACGUUUUGUAUCAAAGAUUACUCACAUUUAGUUCUAAAAAAAAAGACUUGAUAUAAAGUAAUAUGAUUUAGAAAUCUCACUCGGAAGAUGACUGUCAGUUAUUCUCUGGAUGUGGCCAACACGAGGUUUUUAGGCUUCGCUAAGCUUUUACUUCGAUGGAAAGGCAGCAUUUAUAAAAUACUUUGGAGAGAAUUUUUUCUUUUUUGUCUGUGUUACUCAACUCUAAGCGUAACCUACAGGUGCUUUUUAAACAAGACACAAAAGGAGGUUUUUGAACAUGUAGUGAUCUUCGUGGAUGUCUUCACGGACUUCAUACCCCUGUCCUUUGUUUUGGGGUUCUACGUUACCCUGGUGGUCGGACGGUGGUGGGCCCAGUACGAAGCUAUCCCCCGACCUGACAGGGCUUGUUUCAUGAUAUCAUCGUUUGUUCAUGGUUCGGAUGAGAGAAGUCGGAUGAUUCGGAGAGCCCUUGGGCGGUACCUGAUUCUGCUUCAAGCAAUAACGUUCCAGGCCGUCAGUCCAGCAGUUAAAAAAAGAUUUCCGACAACUCAACACUUAGUAGCUGCAGGUAUCAUGACAAAGGAAGAACAUACUGUGUAUGAAAAAGUUUCAUUUCCUUACGGCAAAUGGUGGCUUCCGUGCCAUUGGUUCUUUGCCCUAGCGACGAGGGCGAAGAGGGAAGGCAGAAUUAAAGAACCCAUUCUGUUUGACUCGUUACUACAGGAACUCAUAUCCUAUAGAAAUGCAUGCGGUACAAUGCUAGCAUACGAUUGGAUCAGUGUUCCAUUGGUAUACACGCAAGUGGUAACCAUAGCAACCUACCUAUAUGCAAUGGCGCUGUUGAUUGGCAGGCAAUAUUUAGAUCCUAAGAAGGGAUAUACCAAGUAUGAAGCAGAUUUGUACGUUCCUGUAUUUACUCUUGUUCAAUUUUUCUUCUAUGUUGGUUGGCUAAAGGUAGCUGAACAAAUUUUAAACCCUUAUGGAGAAGAUGAAGACGACUAUGAAUUAAACUGGUGUCUUGAUAGAUCAGUGCAUAUUGUGUAUUUGAUAGUCGAUCAAAUGCACAUGAAGCAUCCGAAAGUCAGCCGCGACCACUUUUGGGAUGAUACUGAACCUAAGCUCCCGCAAACAAAAACGACUGCCAAGUUCAAUCUUAAACCUCAGUUGGGAUCGGCUCAUGAACUUGAGGUAAACGAUGUGCAAUAUUUGCCUUUGGAUAUUUUUCUUGAACAAGACAAAGAAGAAAACAUGUACUGUGGCUCUUCUGUUAGAAACAAAGGGAACGAUCGAUUACGAUCUUCUUUUGUUAAUCGAGUCCUGAAUUCGCGCAUCGGUCAAAGCUUCCGCAGCCGAUCAACAAAUAGACCACAGACCAGGAGAAGUUUAUCUCAACCCCAGGGCAUCACCAAUCCUUGCUUCGUUUUCGACGAGAAACGUCUGCCUUCAAAUAACACAACAUCUUCUAUAAAACGAAAGUCGAGCAUUAAGAACUCCAGUACAAAGAAUGCCUUAGCAAACUACGAAACCCCGAAUGCAGUGUUUUACGACAAAAAUCAAAUACAUAAUAGAUAUACGUCCAAAAAUGAGACUGUUUUGAAUGCGCACUUUUCUAAUUUCAGCAAUUCAACAGAAACAGGAUUCAAUCAUCCCAACAAAGCAACUUUGUCUGCCUCUAACUCGCUACCUAUGCUUCCUAUGCCUUUUUAUGAAAGUAAUUCUACCACUCAGACAUUCGAGAAUGUUAUGCCACCUAUUCCAGAAGAAAGUUCAAGAUGCUCCUCCCUGGUCUGUGCUGAUGCUGAUGUAGAGACUAGUGAAGUCAACCCGUCAAACAGUUCUGAUUUGCAAAACUUUGUGAGAGAAGCCAAUAGAAUUUUAAAAGAAAUUAACAGGACUGUUUCAAAUCAAGGAUUCAAAAACGACAAUUCCUCCAAAGAUUAUGAAUCUUGUUGCUCGUUGUGCUCCACGGACUCUUCUUCAGAUGAAUACAGUGAAGAACCCGUCGAUGGCUGUCGUGUUAAUAUUGAAGAGAGCAAUGACUGUCACAAAGAGAAAGUUACUUCUUCUGAAAUGUGAUUGUCAAGUAGCCAUAAAAAGUCGGACUCUGUUUAGCACAAUACAGUAAAACCUGUAAAGUUGACCACCCCUGUA